UUCAAAAUGGCGAACUUCAUUGCAGUGCCUAUGAAGAAGUGCUGGGAAGUCGAGAUGGCUGGGCCUCUUCGGGGGUUCAUUCAGACGACGUACCCCGACUAUAACAUCGAAGAUUUUAAUCAGGCUCUAAAAGAUUUUGAUAGAUUGCGAAGUCAGAUGAUAUCCAAGUCAAUGGACCGACAUGAAUCCGCCUUAGACGUUCUCUACCGAUACCAUGACCAGUUAGUAGCAAUUGAGGCAAAACUUCCCAUAGCAGAAAACCAGAUCCGCAUCAAUUUCAAAUGGCAAGAUGCAUUUGAUAAAGAAACUUUUUUUGGUGGAAAGAACACACUAAGUAUUUCCUCGGCUGCUUAUGAGAAAGUGUGUUUACUGUUCAACAUAGCAGCACUUCAAAGUCAGAUAGGACAGCUUCAAAACCAUGAGUCAGAUGAGGGACUGAAAAUGAGUGCAAAAAUGUAUCAGCAAGCAGCAGGCAUAUAUACUUACCUUAGUGAGAGUGUGAUGUCCCUAGUACCACAAGGCACCACCCCAGAUCUUACCACAGAUACCUUGACUGCACUCCAGCUUCUCAUGUUAGCACAUGCCCAGGAGAGCUACUGUCUGAAAGCUAUUGCAGAUAAAAUGAAGGACGCUGUUACAGCCAAGCUCUGUAACCAGUGCUCAGACCUAUACGCGGAGGCUAUGAGACAGCUGCAGAUGUACUCCAUCAGAGAGCUAUGGCCACCCAACUGGAUCAGCGUCACAGCGGGCAAACAGGCAGCGUACCAUGCCAUGGCAGAGUAUCACCAGGCCAUGGUGUGUCAGCAGAACCACGCAUAUGGGGAGGAGAUAGCUAGAUUACAGCAUGCCAAAGAGCUAAUGCAAGCUGCAGUUACCAGGGGUGGCAAAGAAGUGAACUUCUCAGAAAAAAUGGCUAAAAUACAGCGUGCUUUGGAUUCGGCAGAAAAGGACAACAACUUUAUCUACCAUGAUAAGAUUCCAAGCAGGGGUAACCUGGAUCCCAUAGGGAAAGCACCUGUAGCCAAAGCAAUUCCUAUAGCUUCUCCUAUGGGAAGUGAUUUCAAAGAUUUGUUUGAGAAGCUAGUUCCUCUGAAUGUCCACCAGGCUCUGAUGACCCACGAGAACAAGAAGGAACAGGUUGUACAGAUGGCUGUGGGCAAGCUACGAGAGCAGACACAGCUCAUGAACAGUGUUCUGGCCUCUUUGAACCUUCCUGCAUCAAUAGAGGAUUUCUCAGGGAGCGAUGUGCCACCAUCUUUGAUGGAAAAGGCGCAGAAAGUUCAGUCGGAGGGAGGAAUAAACCACAUAGCUCAACUGAUGCAGGAUCUGCCAGAAUCAUUGGCAAGAAAUAGGGAGAUACUUGGGGAGGCAAUAAAAUUACUUGAUGAGGAGCAAGCAUCAGAUGAUCAGCUUAGACAACAGUUCAAGGAAAGGUGGACAAGAACGCCAUCUAUAAAGCUGACAGAGCCAAUACGAGCAGAGGCAGCUAAAUACCAAGGAAUUUUAGACAAUGCCAUCAAGGCAGAUGGGAUUGUGAAAGCCAAAUACAGUGAAAAUGAGAGAGCAAUUAAGCUUUUGAGCAACCCAGGGGAAUUAAAAAGUGCCCUGCCAUCUGCCAGCCCUGCUGCAGCCCUGAAGGACAGCCCUACAGUGAAGGAGUUGAGAACACUGAUGCAGCAGGUGGAGGCCAUCAAGGCAGAGAGGGAUGCCAUUGAGAUGGAGAUCAAAGAGCAAAAAUGUGAUAUGACUUCAAAGUUUAUGGCUGCCUUAGCCCAAGAUGGUGCUAUUAACGAGGAGAGCCUGUCUGCAGCAGAAUUAGACCGCAUAUAUGGUCCUCUACAACAGCAAGUUCAGGAAAGCUGCGAGAGACAAGAGUCCAUCAUGAUAAACGUGGAGAGAGUGAACAUGGACUUCUGCCGCCAGAGGGACUCCAACCAGAGUGCAGCGGAAAGGGAGAAGAUCUUGAAGGAGCUCCAGUCUGGUUACGAUGCAUUCCGAGAACUGAAAGGCAACCUGGAGGAAGGCACAAAGUUCUACAAUGACCUUACCCAGCUGCUGGUGAAAUUCCAAAACAAAGUGACAGACUUCUGCUUUGCACGGAAGACGGAAAAGGAGGACAUGAUGAAGGACCUGCAGUCCAGCAUAGCCAAUCAGAAGACAGCGCCGACACCUGCUGCACCUAGUUACCAGCAGCCACGAGCUCCGCCUGCCAGGCCACCCCCUCCAACCUUGCCAGCUACAGCACAGGCUCCACCUAGUGCCCCCACUCAGGCUCCACCUAGUAGCAGUUAUAGUGCACCACCCCAAGGGCCACCAACCAGUGCACCAUCUCAGGCACCCUCUUCUGGCCCCCCCUCUCAGUUACCUUACCCCUCUCAACCUGGUAGUCAGGGUCCAGCAUAUGGUGCUGCCCCCUACAGCCAACCAUCACCAUACCCACAAUACACCCCAAUGCCAAUGCCUGGUGGAUACAACCCAUAUAACCCUUACAUGGGUCAUCAACAACAAGGGGGUUACCCACAACAAUACCCACAACAAGGUGCCCCACAGUACCCCCAGCAGGGGGCACCAGCUUACCCCCAACAGGGGGCACCACCAUACCCCCAACAGGGGGGGCCACAGUAUCCACCCCAGUAUCCACCACAGCAAGGAGAAUAUCCAUACCCACAGCAGCAGUGGAGGUAGACUGGAUACAGUGCUGAGGAUGAGGAGAGAAAUUCAAUCAUUUUAAUGACAGCUGGCAUAGAUUAUCAGUUCAACCAAUUGAAUUGUAUUCCUUAUAGGAAAUUUGUACUCUCUAUAUCCUAUCUGAUAUACUAGGAUCAUGAGAUUGCUGGAGUUAAGCAAUAGGCUUUUAUGAUAUAGCUCUGGGUAUCAGGUGGAACUAAAAGUUUGUUUAUAGGUAUACCAUGUGCUCUUAUAUGAUAUGCUUGUCAGCAAUAGACUGUUUUUGAAGCACUAAUAUACAGCUACAAAAUGCAGUGUAAUAUUAUCCAAGUAUUUAGUUACAUAAAAAAAAAUAAUGGAUUAAGCAUUAUACUUCAGCAUAAAACUAAAGGAAUUUCAGUGCACAGAAGUUGUUGCAAGAAAUCAAAAUUGUAGAUUAUGUUUUAAACUUGAUGUGUCACUACAGGUUACCCUAGAAUCGUGGGCACUAGGUCCAAUUUUUUACUUUUAAAAUCCAUGAAAUUACGUAAGUGCACUGGACGUAACAUGUAAACCUUUCAUUUAAAAUAACAAAUAUAUCUUGAGUGGAACACCCAAGUGUACAUGCACUGGUUUUGUUGGACUAGUUGGAUUCUCAGUGCCUCGCCAAAUAAUAUAUAUAGCUAAUCUGAUUGCAGGUUUUAUUUGUCCAAUAUUCAGAUGCAAUGCUGUGAACUAAUGUUGAAUGUGAUUGGCUACUUUUCAAAUGAUAGUAAUACAUCACCAGCAUAUAAAGAUAGAGCACAAAAAUGGCUUUCCUGUUUCAUUUGCUCAUGUACUGUGUGACCAAGUAUCAGCUCAGUAUGUCAAAAGUACAUUGAAAUAGUAGUACUUUUUUGGUGUCUUGUGAAAAUAUGUGAUGUGAUGUGAAAUACUAUUUGUUGUAAAGCAGCGUAUGCUUGACUUCACACAUGCAGUAGAUGGAAAAUGUACAGAGACAAUUGAAGCAUCAGAAGGAGCACCUUUAUCGGCAAAGACCAAGCUUCUAACAAAUAGUGUUUUGAAUAUUUUCCUUUGUUGAUAUAGCAGACUGGUGAUUUGAAAGGCUUUGUUGAUGAUUUAACUCUGUAAUUAAUGCUAAAUGUAGCCUUCCCCCUUUGAUAAUGACAGUAAAAAGUAUGUGUAAGUUAUAAACCUCAAGAGAAAUAUUAACUGAAAAUCAUUGAGUAAUUACACUUAUUUUUCAUUCAAAUUCUAAUUUGUAAUUAUUAUUAUUAUUAUUUUUAUUAUUAUUAUUAUUAUUAUUAUUUGAAAAUGGUUUACAAUAUUUGGUAGUGAAUGUUUUGUACCAUUAAAUUAUUAUACAUUACUUUUCCUUGUAUUUGGGAAAAAUUAAUACAGAUUUGAAGAAUAAACAUGAUUUUGUUUUUAAGCAAGUUAUUUUCAUGCAGUUCUUUUAAGAGGGGAAAUUUUGAUUAUGGAUUGGCCAAGAGAGGCAUUUAAGAAAGGCCUGCUUAAGUGUGAAUGAAAAAAGAGUGACAUUCUACAUCAAGAGUAAGUUUGUACAUUAGCUGUUGUUGACUACUAUGAUAAUACCAGAAUGAUUAAAUCCCAAAAUAAUUGCUCAACCAAUCUAAUUUACCCUAAUAUUUUCAUUGUACUACAAUGGUGAAUUCAGAGUAAUUUGUUGAUGAAAAACGAACAGCAAAUCUGGUAAAUAAUUUAUACAAACACCAAGCAGUUAAAAACAUAACAGCAAUGUUAGCAAAGCUAGGGGAAAUGAACAGAUAUGUGAGCUUUAAUAUACUUGAACGUGUUUAUAAAUCCAAGUAUUAUAGAUGUAUAUAUGCUGUCACCAAAUAUCCUAGUACAACACUUACAAGGGAAAUCCACGUGCCGCCAGUGACUCCUUAACCAAACCAAAUUUUUUCUUUUGAACUAUUAAGACUAGGAUCCUUUUAUAAAAAAAACCUUUGGUGAGCAUAAAAUUGCAUGGUUUGGAUUUAUGACCGCGGACACAAAAUAUAUGAUAAAUAAUUUUAUUCACCUUAGGUUAUUUAUCUAUUUGUUACAUAUGUCAAGAAAUAUAUAUGAUCAUAAUUAUCAGUAAAAAUACAGUGGUUUAAAUGGAGUAAUGCAGGCAGCAAUAUAAGCCUAAUUGGACAGUCAUGUUGGUAACACUGUCACUCCAACAGUGAUAAAGAGAAAUACUUUAAUUUUCUGGCAAUGUGUCAAAUUAGAUAUGGCAAGGAAGAACUUCAUUUCUAAAAUAAAGUAGAGUAAAACUGAGCUGAAAAGCUCAAUAAGCUUCCCAACUUAACAAUAUUUUACUGGAAGCACAGUCAACAAGAACUGAAAGUCAUACACUCUAGCCCAGUUCAAAGUGUUCAGCUAUCAUCACCUCUCCUUGUCUGCGACUAGAUUUACCAAUCUGUGACUAGAUAUCUCACAGUGGGAUACUGGCCUUCUUCUCUAGAUUUAAAACAUUUUGAUCACCCUACAGCUUGUCCAUGAACUUUUACGAUACAACCAUGAGCUUGACACGCUGUCAUGAAGUUGACACACUGUCCAUGGACUUUUACAGUACUUUCACAGUACAACUAUGAGGCUGACACACUGUCAUGAAAAAUUCACAAAAAAAAUCCACCCGUUUUUCUGAUACACUGUCUCACAUUUUGAAUGACCCCAUGUUCUUUCAAGAGAGGUCCAAAUGACCUCCAUGUUCAAAAUUUAGAGGUAAUCCUGUAAUUUACACCCAUUAACAAAAAGAAAUCAUUAUAAAAAUUUAUGACUUGUUUAAUUUUUGUGCGAUUAUACAAAUAUAACUAAGCAAUAAGCCAUCAUAUAGGAUAGCAUUUGUUUAUAGCAAUACUUGCAGUCUUGUGAGCAAUAUUUCAAUACAGCAGAAUACACUUAGUCUUUUAGUAAA